AUGGAUUCGGUUUGGUCGAAACGCAGUAGCAAUCGUUUAACCGUGAAUACCGACCAUACAAGUGCGACCACAACCACAAUUGCAAGUGCAACGAAUGUAACAACUCCAACCUCGACUACUACUUCAGCCAAACUAAUUCAACUGAAACGCACAAAUUCGCCAAAUCCGAACAUUUCCACCUCAAGCGUCAUACUGACACCAACGACACCACUUGUAGGAUCCGGGUUGGUCGGAAGUGGUGGUAGUUACUUUGGUAAGCAUCGUGGGAGUAUCGGUGGUGGAAACGUAGUCGGGAUAGCCAAUGAUGAUAAGCAAAAUAUUAAGGAAAAGGAGAAUGGAAGUGGUGGUGUUGUGGUCAAUGCUACUGUUGCCAACGGAUUGGUGGUAGGAUUGGCGCGUCAACAAUUCACGCCAAGUCCUACGAGCGAUAUCCAUCCGCUACAUUUCACGUGGGUAUUUUGGUUUAUGCAUCGUACACCUGGUAGUAAAAUAUUGAAUUAUGAGAGUUCAAUGAAGAAGAUUGCGGCCUUUUCUUCGAUUGAAGAUUUCUGGAAGGUUUAUAGUCAUCUUCGGAGACCUCAUGAAUUGCCAAAUAUUAGUGAUUAUCAUCUAUUCAAGCAGGGCGUAAGGCCUGUAUGGGAGGAUGAAACUAAUAUCAAUGGGGGGAAAUGGAUUGUGCGCUUAAGAAAAGGAUUGGCUAGCAGAUAUUGGGAGAGUUUGGUAAUGGCUGUCAUCGGUGACCAAUUUGAUGUUGGUACGGAAAUUUGUGGUGCGGUUUUAUCCAUCCGCAGCUCUGAGGACAUUUUGUCUCUGUGGAAUCAAUCCGCUAACGAAGGACGAAUCAACUUAAAAAUAAGGGAUACGAUGAAACGAGUCUUAAAUCUACCACCGGACACAAUCAUGGAAUAUAAAACGCACAAUGACGCGUUAAAAGAUAAUUCUAGCUUCAGAAAUACUGAUGUGUUUCGAUGA